ACUUAGACAGAAACCAUGUCCUAAUGCAUUCAGAAAUUCGCUUUGUACGAGGACACAACUAUGUCUGUAUACAUUCUUAACUUUUCCUCUCACUGUUCAUCCCUUACAUAUUUUUAUUCUCCCACAAAUCCUUUCAUUUUAAAUAAAAAAACUAUUUGAAGUCUUGUAUAGGUAGGGACUGUUAAUGCCUUUUUCUCUUCUUGCAUAUAAAUGAGCAUCACAGAAUUGGAGUAACUAAAUUUGGGCAAGAGUUUAGAUCUUUUAGGUUAGGUUUUGAGAGUGUAGAGAAGCAUGUAUCAGUGUAGUUCCCAAAUGUAUGGAACUGAUUGGGAAUCCUACAUGGGGAUUACCAACCUAACCAAGGUUGUUGGAUCAGAACAAGUGAGUGUUCUUGAACCAAAAAACUCACCUUUCAACAUUGUCACCACUCCUCUUCAAAUUCAAACCCCACAAGGCUUUUGUGCAACUGCAACAAAAGGGCUGGUGAGUUUUCAAGCACAACAACAUGUUCAUCAGCAGCAGCAGCAGCAUCAGAUUGAAGUUCCUGCUUGGUGCUUUGAGUUUCCAAAGACAACAACAACAAUUGACUCUCACAUGCUGAAUAUUCGCCAAGCCUCUGGGGAUAACUUCACCACCAAACAAGAUCCACCCUCAUCUCAGUUCACAAGCCCCUUGUGCCCGGUUGCUGAAUCUUUCUUGUCGUCCAGCACUGGUGCAGAUUGUCCUUCUUCUUCUGAAAAAUAUUGUAAAAUUACUUCCUAUUCUGAAAAAUAUAGUAGUAUGCAGCCUGAUGGUAUGCCAUAUUACGAUCACUUUUCCCAAGAAGAAGAUAAACUACUGAGAGAUGAUGCUGCCACGGAUGAAAGGCCCCUUGAAAUUUCCUUUCAGAGAAACCAGUUGGAAUCAUGUACAAAGCCAAAAAAGCAAGCUCCUCAUAGACUUUGUGGGGUUGCCUGUGUAACUUCUAGCAACUCUGCUUCUAGAAGAGGCAAAAGAAGAAUAAAAUGGACCAACGAUCUACACGAGCCAUUUAUGAUGAUUGUUAACAGUCUUGGUGGUCCAGAAAAGGCAAAACCUAAGGCUAUACUAGAUAUGAUGAAAUCAGAUUUGCUGUCUAUUUCUCAUGUUAAAAGUCAUUUACAGAAAUGUAGGUCUACAAUAAACAUGCACAAAGCUUUGCAGGAAAAAUCCGAGGAAGGACAGAGAAUGGAUGGGGUGUCUGAGCUUCAAGUGAAAAUCCACAUGCAAAUUGAGGAAUCAAGGCAACUGCAACUAGAGGUUCGGAGGAAUAUCUGCCAACAACUAGAGAUGCAACGAAAUCUGCAAAUGCUAAUUCAACAGCAAAGCCAGCAAUUGAAAGUAAUGUUAGAUUACCAAAAGAAAAAAACGAAACUGGACACAGAACUGGAAGCAACUGUCCCCUAAUGAUGGUUGAAUUGUUUUGAUAAGAUACUCUAUUUUUGCUGCCUUUUGUCUUGCAAUAGACAAUCGAACAUGUAAGUGUGAGAAACGAGGUUUUGGCAGCAACUUCAAAAUGUGAGCAUGUCUAUGUGCAUUUUGUUCUGCACUUCCACACACAAAUCUCACAGUAUUCAUUGACACAUAAAGAGAGUUGUCACAUAACUUAGAGAAAAAAACCGAAAACACUUUCACUAAGUGAGGGUCGUAUAUAAACACUUUGACACCUGUA